AUGAUUAUGUCAUAUUUUCCAAAAUAUGUGGCAAUAUUUGCCCUCUUUGUCCCGAGUGUUGGUGCACUGGACACUUUUAUCGCUGCGGUCUAUGAACAUGCUGUUAUAUUACGUAACAGAACAGAAACACCUGUGCCAAAAGAAGAAGCUUUGCUCCUGAUGAACAAGAACAUAGAUGUUUUGGAGAAAGCAGUUAAACUGGCUGCCAGGCAGGGUGCACAUAUCACCGUUACCUCAGAAGAUGGAAUUUAUGGCUGGGUCUUCACAAGAGAGACCAUUGACCCCUAUCUGGAAGAUAGCCCAGACCCUGACAUGAACUGGAUUCCAUGUAGAGAUCCCCAGAGGUUUGGCUACACCCUGGUGCAAGAAAAGCUCAGCUGCCUGGCCAAGGACAACUCUAUCUACAUUGUGGCAAAUAUUGGGGACAAGAAGUCAUAUAAUGCCAGUGACCCUCAGUGUCCCCCCCGUGGUUGUUACCAGUACAACACCGAUGUGGUGUUUGAUUCUCAGGGAAAACUGGUGGCACAUUACCAUAAGAUAAUUAUGGAGGACACGGAGUCAGAUUGGAACUAUGUCAGUGUAACAAGCUAUCUCCUUGAUUAUCCUGAAAGUGCUUAUGCUUUGAUAAAGUUAUAUCUAGUUUCUCAUGGGAAUGAUUCCAUUGGUUUGAGACCAUGCAAAGUUUGGAACCAAUAUUUGUGCGACUUUGUGUCCACUUCUGUAGGGAGUGGAAUCUAUAUACCGGAAGCUGUCCAAGGGUAUCACUAUGACAUGGAAACAGAGAGGGCCCAGCUGAUGCUUUCAGAAUUGAAGUCCCGGCCCUGUAGAGAACCCAGCUACUCUGCAGCUGUUGACUGGAGUGCUUAUGCCAGGAGCAUCAAGCUCUUGUCUGAGCAGUCAGAUUUUCCAGGAAUGAUUUAUUUUGAUGGGCUCACCUUUGUUGGGCUUAAGAGAAACACGGGAAAUUACACAGUUUGCCAGAAAGACCUGUGUUGUCACUUAACUUACUAGAUGUCUGAGAAGCGAACAGAUGAGAUGUAUGCACUAGGUGCUUUUGAUGGACUGCACACAGUAGAAGGUCAAUAUUUCUUACAGAUAUGCACAUUACUGAAGUGUCAAACCAUUGACCUGAGAACUUGUGGGGAGCCGGUGGGGUCAGCUUUUACCAAGUUUGAAGAAUUCUCCCUUAGUGGCACAUUUGCAACACAUUAUGUUUUCCCACAGAUCAUUCUCAGUGGAAGUCAACUUGCUCCUGAGAGACAUUAUGAGAUUUCAAGAGAUGGAUGUCUGAGGAGCCGGGGCGGAGCCUCUCUGCCUGUCUUAGUUAUGGCCCUGUACAGAAGAGUGUUUGAGAAGGACCCUCCACGCUUAGCGCAAGGACCUGGGAGAUGA